UGGUGCUCAAACAGUUUUAUUUUUUUGAGUUUUUUUUCCCUCUUGUGAUGCUUAAGUGAUCUCUCAGCCUUCUAUAGAAGCACCUCCAAAGUAAAUUCUCAUGCUUCUUAGCCCUUUCUCUUUCUUGGAGACCAGCUAUACACAAAUGGUUGCACUAUUAUAUCCCAGUACAUAUAUAAUUAAAUCUGGCCCUGGAAUGGAAGACAGAGAGACUGAGAGAGCUCCUGAGGGGAAACAGAGGCUGAUUAAUAAGGAUUAUUAGACACUGCUGAUUGAAAGGCUGCAGCUGUGAUUGCCAUAGGAGGGAGAAUGUAGCAAGGUUUCAGUGCUUGCAGUGGUGUCUGCCAUGUCUUUUUCAGAGUAAAUCAAAGACAAGACAUUUUGUCUGUGCUGUCCUGCAUCCCAGAAUCGACUGCUUUACCCCAUCACCCGUCUGUGAUUCUUUACAGGGAUGUUGCAUCUGCCAUUCCUGAUGGAUAUCAGGCAACUGCUAUGUCAGUGGACUGUCUGGGACAGCGCGCAGUACUUUCAGGCCGCCGUUUCCUCUACAUAGUUAACCUGGAUGCACCAAAUGAGGGUCAUCGAAAGAUCUCUCGCCAGAGCAAGUGGGACAUCGGGGCAGUGCAAUGGAAUCCGCACGACAGCUACGCGUACUACUUUGCAGCUUCAAGCAAUCAGCGAGUAGACCUGUAUAAGUGGAAAGAAGGUAAUGGGGAAGUUUGCACAUCGUUGCAAGGGCACACACGUGUGAUCAGUGACUUGGACUGGGCAGUAUUUGAACCAGACCUGCUGGUCACCAGUUCUGUGGACACAUACAUCUACAUUUGGGAUAUCAAAGACACCAGGAAGCCUACAGUCUCACUCUCUGCAGUUGCUGGAGCUUCCCAGGUCAAAUGGAAUAAGAAAAAUGCCAACUGUUUAGCAACCAGCCACGAUGGGGAUGUCCGAAUAUGGGACAAGAGGAAACCCAGCACUGCAGUGGAGUAUUUGGCAGCUCAUCUCUCUAAAAUCCAUGGUCUGGACUGGCAUCCUGACAAUGAGUAUACGCUGGCCACCUCCAGCCAAGACAACUCUGUUAGGUUCUGGGAUUACCGUCAGCCUCGGAAAUACCUCAAUAUCCUUCCCUGCCAGGUUCCAGUCUGGAAGGCGAGAUACACGCCUUUCAGCAACGGGCUAGUGACAGUGAUGGUCCCCCAGCUCCGUCGGGAGAACAGUCUCCUUCUCUGGAACGUCUUUGACUUGAACACACCUGUCCACACGUUUGUGGGGCACGAUGAUGUGGUACUGGAGUUCCAGUGGAGGAAGCAGAAGGAAGGUUCUAAAGACUACCAGCUGGUUACGUGGUCCCGUGAUCAGACUCUGCGGAUGUGGCGGAUUGACUCUCAGCUGCAGAGGCUGUGUGCUAAUGAUAUCCUGGAUGGAGUCGAUGAGCUCAUUGAUGGGAUUUCUCUUCUGCCAGAGCCAGACAAGACUCUUCACUCCCAGGACUCAGAGCCCCAGCAUAACUCUGGACAUGGGGAUGAGGAAGCCUUAAAAGAAGAUUUCCUGAAUGACCUCCUUGUGGGAAAGAAAACAGACCAACUAGGGCUGCCUCAAACGCUGCAGCAGGAAUUUUCACUGAUCAACGUGCAGAUCCGAAAUGUCAACGUAGAGAUGGAUGCGGUGAAUCGUAGCUGCACGGUGUCAGUGCAUUGCGGCAAUCACAGAGUCAGGAUGCUGGUGAUGUUCCCUGUGCAAUAUCCUAAUAAUGCUGCACCAUCCUUCCAAUUCAUCAACCCGACCUCGAUCACUGCUUCAAUGAAGGCAAAGCUGCUGAAGAUACUGAAAGACACUUCUCUGCAAAAAGUGAAGCGGAAUCAGAGCUGCCUGGAACCCUGUCUGCGUCAGCUGGUCUCGUGGCUGGAGUCUGUUGUGAACCAAGAGGACAGCACAUCCAGCAAUCCCUACGCUUUGUCAAACUCCGUAACACCCCCCUUGCCCACGUUCGCCCGGGUCUCCAAUGCCUAUGGCUCCUACCAGGACUCUAACAUCCCAUUUCCACGGACCUCUGGAGCCAGGUUCUGUGGUGCAGGGUACUUGGUGUAUUUCACGAGACCCAUGACCAUGCACCGUGCAGUGUCCCCCACGGAGCCUACACCCAGGUCCCUGUCAGCUUUAUCAGCGUACCAUAGUGGCCUCAUUACUCCGAUGAAGAUCCGUUCAGAGACUCCAGGCAACUUACGUUUGUACAGUGGCAGUCCCACACGUAGUGAGAAGGAGCAGGUGUCCAUUAGCUCCUUCUACUACAAAGAGAGGAAAUCAAGAAGAUGGAAAAGCAAACGAGAAGGGACAGAUGCCAACAACCGACCGAUCAAAGCUGCUGGGAAAGUUAUUAUCCAGGAUAUUUCCUGCUUGUUACCAGUGCAUAAGUUGCUAGGAGAGCUCUACAUACUGAAUGUGAAUAACAUCCAGGAGACUUGCCAGAAGAAUGCUGCCUCAGCCUUGGCAGUUGGACGGAGAGAUCUUGUACAGGUUUGGUCACUAGCCAUGGUAGCCACCGAUCUCUGUCUUGGCCCGAAGUCUGACCCAGAUUUGGAGAUACCCUGGGCACAACAUCCGUUUGGACGUCAAUUACUGGAAUCCUUACUGGCUCAUUACUCGCAGCUACAUGAUGUGCAGACCCUUGCUAUGCUAUGCAGUGUGUUUGAAGCCCAAUCCAGGCUACAAGGAUGCCCAAACUCCUAUGGCCCCUUUCCUCAACGUGCCUCCAACCUGGCCUCCCACAGCCGCUAUCCCAGCUUUACUUCCUCUGGCUCCUGUUCCAGCAUGUCAGAUCCUGGACUUGGCACUGGAGGCUGGAGCAUAGCAAACAAAGACGCGGAGCAGGCCUCCACUCCCUGGUGCGAGUCUUCUCCAGAUGACUUCCGCUACGGAAAUUUAAUGUAUCCCGAUCAUCGAGAGCGUGAGAAGGAUCAACACGAGAAAAACAAAAGGCUCCUGGACCCUGCCAACACUCAGCAGUUUGAUGACUUUAAGAAGUGCUAUGGAGAAAUCCUUUAUCGCUGGGGCCUGCGGGAGAAGCGGGCCGAGGUUCUAAAGUUUGUCUCUUCUCCUCCUGAUCCCCACAAAGGAAUCGAGUUUGGCGUGUACUGCAGCCACUGCCGCAGCGAGGUGCGAGGCACCCAGUGUGCCAUCUGCAAGGGCUUCACGUUCCAGUGUGCCAUCUGCCACGUGGCGGUGCGAGGCUCCUCGAACUUCUGCCUGACAUGCGGACACGGAGGGCACACCAGCCAUAUGAUGGAGUGGUUUCGCACCCAGGAAGUGUGCCCCACGGGCUGUGGGUGCCACUGCCUGCUCGAGAGCACGUUCUGAACAGUCGUGAGAGCGGAGUGCCCGUGAACUAGAUUUGAUAUUUAAUUCCCAAGCCAUGUUGAAUCAGCUCUGCUCCAUAGCGACUGCUACAGGGAGCUGAAGUGGGAUUUUCUGGCAGGGCACUGCAGGGACGUUUACAUGCGCUUCCAGUAUUCCAACACUUCCCAGGUUGCUUUCAGACUGAUUUGACCAAACUCCCUGUGUCCAUUGCUGGCAAUGGAUGCCAGACCAGAAAAAUCACUCUCCUGCAGAAGCAUAUACGAAUAUUGGCUAGUCUUUUGGGGGCUGAGGAGGUGUUAAAAAGUUCCUUUGGAAAACACUCAACUGGCAGAGCCAAACUCGCUACGUAGUCUUUCCAGAUGCCUCCUGACAGGGGCAGAGAGUGAGCAAAAUAGAAUCGUCUUUGCACAAUUAAGGUGUAAAUAAUUCACAGGCAACAGAGAGCUACAAAAGCUAAUUACAAACUGUGUUUGAAGAGCAAAUAGUCUGUGGGACUUGCUCGGAGUUACUUUUUGAAGCGACAGGGUCCUUAUUUUGCUGUUUACACUGUUCUGGUUAUCCCAUAAAACAACAACAACAAAAAAAUUUCCACUCCUCUCAAACUA